AUGCCUCGCGCGAUCAACCACGCGGAGCUGAGAACUCAGUUCCACACCUCGGUCUGCCGCUUGAUGAACCAAUUGAAGAGGUUUUCCUCUUAUGUCCUCAAGGUAGAUGAGCUGAUGGGACUGGGGGUCCACGUCUCCGAGUUUGACCCCUUCGAAUUAAACGAGGCCAUCAUCUUCCAACCCUUGGCGGAGCAGGAGCUGCACGACUACGUUAUCGACGAGAUCAUGCUACAGAAUGACGAUAUUGUGAAGAAGCUUGAUCUUCCGGACUGGACUCCUCCUGAGGCUUCCAAAGUGGUCUCCCGUCUUGACGAAGAACGUGCUGCGUUGAAAGCUGCUGAGGAGGCCUAUGAAUAUCUCGAGGCGAUGUAUUCCUGCUUGUCGAAGUCCUAUGAACCCAAGAAUCCCCUCUCCAUGGCUCGGAACUGGACCGACAUCCCUAUCCCGCAUCCCGAAUUCACCUGGCCUCGCGAGCUUGGCUUCAACAGCUGGCCCCGUGACACCGGCCUUUUGAAUCACAACAGCCUCGAACAUGUCGGGUGGCGCUACCAGAUAGUGAGUGAAUGGAAGGACACCCCACGGCGAGGAGAUCCCAAGGCCCGGCCACAUGUACGCAUCGUCGUCUGCCAUGGCGCUAUUGGCACCCCGAAUGGAAUUCUUCUCGGCGAGAUAGGCGCUAUUGCACAGGCCAUCUACAACCGUCUAAACCAGCCCAGCUUUGAGAAUGAGUCUUACUUCCCGGUACUGAUGAUUUCGCUUUUCGGACCCCGCCAUGGACGCAUUCUGCAGGCUGUGUACAGGCGUACUGGGAAUAUGGAACUUCGUACCACUCGGGUCCAGGAUUUGACGAAGAUGGAUCAUGCUCCCAUUGACCUUUUCUUGCGGUACCUUGCAAGCUAUCCCCGCCGUGAUGAUUACUGA